AUGUAUGAAAGUAGAUGGACGAAAACUGUACAUUGUUUCAGAAGUAUACAAACGAAGGAAAAACAAUGAAAACCUAGUAGAAGCAAGGAGAUGGCUCACGGUGGUUACGACAAGCGGCGGGUCGCCGGACGGAAACCGGUGAAUAACCACCGUCCGAAGGCGUUAGCCGUCGAGAAGAAACCUAAAUCGAAGCUCGUCUCUCUCAAACGCCAGAUUCGCUCUACCGAGCGUUUGCUUCGUAAGGAUACGAGACCUGAGGUCAAAGAAUCUCUCAUAAAGAAACUAGAAGGGUUGAAGAGUCAACAGCAGAUGCAAGAUAAUCUAGCUUUGGAACGUAAAAUAUUCUUGCGUGACAGAAAGAUCAAGUUUUUUGAAAGAAGGAAGGUUGAGCGACAAAUAAGACGAUUGGAGAAACAACAACGCGCGUUAUCUGGUCAGGCUCAAGAAGCCGAGAUUGCUGAGCAGCUCUCUAAGUUGAAAGCAGAUCUUGAGUAUAUUAGGUUUUUCCCCAAGACAGAGAAAUAUGUAUCUUUAUUUAAGAAAGGUGAUAAUGCGGAGACUGUUGAUAAGAGAAACAGCUUACGCACACAGAUCAAAGCAAAUAUAGCUGCUGCUGUUGCUAGUGGGAAGGAUUUGGAAGAAACUGGAAGUGAUGAUGAUGGGCUAGAUUUAAGCGAGGACGAUUUCUUUUUAAGUGGAAGCUCAAGUGAUGAGGCUGAUGCAGAUGAUGAAUGGACUGAUAAAAGUGCAAGGGAACAAGCAUCUAGUGCAUCUGGGAAAGCGGCUUCUGGUAUGUCAAGCGAUGAAAGAAAUCAGAGACACAUUUCGGCUCGUGCUCUUAUGCCUCCUCCUCGGGCCUCAAAUGGUUCAACUACAGCUCAUGUUAAAUCAAGAUAUGGCAACUCUUUCCACAAGAAGCCGUUUUUUAAUAGGUCUGACAUGUCCUCAUCCAGUAAUACAUCAACAAGUGUCGACCGGCCUUCUUAUAGGGACCGGAGACCAUUGGAUGGUAACAGUGGUAGUAAUCUGAGUUCCAACUCUGAUGCCCGGAAACCGAAAAGGAAGAGACGUCCUAAGAAGAAGAAACAGCAGGCUUCGUGAUUCUCAUUCAAAAUGUUGUUUUCUUGUUAUAUUAAUAUGUUUUUGUCAACCGCAAUGAAUCAUAUGGGGGUUUGAUUUUCACACAGCUAUAGAUUUGUUUGUUUUAAUGAAGAUUUGUGUUCCAUUAUGAUUCGACCCAUGAAAGGGUAAGUUUUAAGUAGGGGUUGGUAUGUCAA